CCGUCCAAGCAAGUGCGUCACUCCUAUUAGUGAUCACCAAACCUAGAAACAUUAAUAUUUAUUUUAUUUAUUCACCGGUUGAUCAGCAAACAAAAAAUCAAACGACCAUAAAAGCUACAAUUAAAUAUCAAAAUUCACCACAAUGUUAUUCUAAUUAUCAACCUUUUGCGACGAAUUAUUACCAGCAAGAGUGAAGUGUCAAGUGUAACCAAUAAUGUAAACCCAGAAAAGUCUGACUUCAACCUAAGUAUUCAUAUUAUUAAUUCUAAAUAAAUUAUAGAUUACAAAAGAAUUAACCUAAAAUGUUGAAGAUAAUCUACGGACUGUUGCUAAUUUAUUUGCUCACCACUGAAGCCUCGAUAGUUGCAGACAAAAACAUCGCCAGCAGUAGCAGCAACAGCAGCAACAACAGCAUCUCCAGCAGUACUAGCAAGAGCACCACGGACCAGUCCUCUAUUCUGUCUCAGCUGACCGGGGACCAGAAUGUCUGUCCAGUGUCGUCAGCGAUCAAGACCUCCAAGUUCACCCAGGUCUGUGGAAACCUGACGCUGCCCACUGAGACAAUUGUCACCAGCCAGAACAUCAACCAGUUCUUGUGCUCGGCGGUCUGGCACAAAGCCGUCAAGCUCUGCAACUUCACUAAGACCAAGUCUCCGAAUCUUACAGAGCUUGAUGCCAAGGUAGGAAAUUUCCUGGGCCAGGACCCGGACUUUGAAAUUUUCGGGAAGGUCUGCAAGCACUGGAGGACCAAUGAGACUUUCAGGUACGAAAAAACCCAGAAGUUUGUUGAUGAUUUGUCCGUAGUCCUGAAGAAGGACAAGACUUGCAUGGACCUGUGUGUGGAAAAGGACAGGCUCAAAGGCUUGUGUGUCUUGAUUUACUUUAUGGACCAAGCUGUUGAUGAUCUGCUGGUGGCUAGUUCUGAAAAGGUUCAGAAUGAGAAAAAAGAGAAGGUCCAGGUGCAGGAGAAAAAGGUAGAAGAGAAGCAGGUCCAGGUGGAGCAGAAGAAGGAGCAAGUGAAGGAAGCUGAGAAAGCUAAGGAAAAGGUUGAGGUUCAGGAUAAGAAGGUUGAUGCUGGGAAGCUUGGAGAUAAGAAAGAGGUCAAGGUGGACGAUAAGACUCCUCCGAUCAGCGAAGGCAAAGGGGAGAAACUAGAGAAAGUUGAGGGUGAUGGUGAUAAACUUUUGGGGGAUGAAGGUGAUGGUGUAGUGGAUAAUCCUAUCCCUACUGGUAAUGAAGAAGCUUUUCCUUCGGAAAUUAAUGGCAAUCUUAUUGCUACAGAUCCAGACACUGGAAAUGACGACGGAGAUGAUAUAGACGUAGAAGUUCCAGUAAAAAGCCCCGGAACACAAGAAGAAGAGACGAUAAAAGAAGAUGUAGUACCGAGAUUAAGUAAUAUGCCCAAGGAAGACGAUGACUCACAUUUCUUCGGGUACUUUUCAAUAUUAGGACUCAUUUGUGCUAUGGGUGGAUGUGUGCUUUAUCAUCAUAAGCAAAAGGUCCUGGCGAUUUUAUUAGAAGGAAGAAGAUCGCGGGGAGGUAGAGGAAGAAGGCGACCAAGUACCGCGAAUUACCGUAAGCUUGACUGCACUCUAGAAGAAGCUGUCACCUCGCAAUGCAGCUCAAACGCCACCAAUGUUAUUUAUUAAUUAUUGCAACAACUCAUUAAAAAAUUAUUAUAAAUUUUUCAAUUUUAUUUUUUCGCUGAAAUUAUUUCCACGUUUGAGCACUUAGUGUUUAAUGCGCAAUUAAAAAAAAUAAAUUAUACUAAAAAUUAGCAGACAUUUAAAAUUUUUAAAUUAUUUGACAAU